UAUUGGCUAGCACAAACUAGACAAGAUUAUCUAACACUCCUCUUCUUGGCACUCCCGCUCGCCGCCGCACAGCCGUGGCCGCGUUGCGACCCCAGCAGCGGCAACUACUCGGCUGGCAGCGCGUACGAAACCAACCUCCUAAACCUCGUCCUCACCCUCAGGCAGGACGCCUCCUCCUCGGCGUCCCGCUUCGCCUCCGGCACCCUUGGCGCCGCCCCGGACACCGUCUACGGCCUGGUGCUCUGCCGCGGCGACGUCACCGCCUCCGAGUGCCUCGACUGCGGCACCUCCGCCUAUGAGAAGGCCACGACGGCCUGCGGCCGCCGGAUCAGGGACGUGGCACUCUGCUUCAACCCGUGCUACGUCCGCCUGUCGGACAACAACUUCCUCGCCUCCGCCAACAACUCCGGCGAGAUACCUCUCAUCAGCGGUACCAGCAUCAGCAGCAGCGACGUCGCGGGCUACGACCGGGCGCUCACCGGCCUCCUCAACGCCACGGUGCACUACGCGGUCGACAACUCCACGCAGCUGUUCGCCACGGGGCAAUGGGUAGGGCCCGACCCGGGGUUCAGCCACAUCUAUUCGGCGGCGCAGUGCGCGGGGGACCUGUCGCCGGCGCUGUGCCGGAGUUGCCUCCAGGGCCUCUUGCGCGGGUGGUUUACCAAGUUCCGCUUCCUGCCCAACGGGGAUGGCUCCAGGGUCGCUGGCUCCCGGUGCACCUUGAGGUCCGAGGUGGGGAAGACCUUCUUCAACGGCGCCGCCAUGGUCCAGCUCCCGGCCAAGGCUGCCGCACCGCCACCAGCGGCGACGGCUGUGCCAGUACCAGGCACUACAGGAGGAGAGGACUAUAUCCUAAAUUGGGAACAACGGCUUCAUAUUGCAUUUGAUGCUGCCCAAGGAUUGGAGUAUUUACAUGAGUUAUGCACCCCAUCAAUAGUGCAUAGAGAUGUGAAGACCCCCAACAUCCUACUAGACAAGAAUCUAGUGGGGAUAAUAUCUGAUUUUGGGCUUUCGCGGGCUUUUAACGAUGCUCACACACACAUAUCUACUGUUGCUGCUGGCACUCUUGGCUACCUUGACCCUGAGUACCAUGCAACUUUCCAACUCACUGUCAAGACAGAUGUUUACAGCUUUGGUAUUGUGCUGUUGGAGAUCAUCACUGCUCAACCCCCAGUGAUCAUGGACCCUCAACCCGUCCACCUACCAAAAUGGGUGCGCCAAAAGAUAGCAAAAGGCAGUAUUCAUGAUGUCGUGGACAAAAAGUUGUUAGAUCAAUACAACGUCAGUUCCCUGCAGAGUGUGAUAGACCUUGCCAUGGACUGUGUCGAAAAUGCAGCCGUUGAUAGGCCGGCCAUGACCGAGGUUGUUUCAAAGCUCAAAGUGUUGUUGCCAUUGGUUACAAGCGAAAAGCGGUCUAUUUAUGGAACCACUCAAUAUAAAAACUCCAUGGAUAGUGAAAUUUCACAACAGUACCAGUUGACGAUUUCUGGAGCAAGCACGGAAGGGAGCUCCUUCCAGUCUGGUUAUACCGGUGGGAUGUCAGCAAUAAGCAUGUCUUCUGGAAGGUGAAAGGAAAAUUCUCACUGAGUUAUUAUUACAUCUACUUAUAUAACUUUGGCAGUUUGCACAA